AAUCUGGCAACGUUCUUAGAUUUUGAUGCCCACAUUUGAGGACUUACGACGAAAAACUUUAGUCUACAAAUUUUACUCACGCUCUCGCCAAGCCCAGACAUCCUGUCCACAAUUUCUGGUAAUCUUAACAUUCUCCCCGGCGAGGUCCUAUCCAAUGGCGACCGUUAGCCUCUUGUCAGUAGUUUUAUCGGACGAUGAAUUUAAAAAUCUGAAUGACACGAUAAAGUUCAAGUUAGAAGAGGUGUUGAAAAAGCACGAAAAUGAUUUCAGUCAGUUGAAUAUUAAAUUAGCAAAGCUUCAAACCCAGUCUGAACAACAGUGUUUUGAGUUGGAUUCACAACUUCAGCAGCUGCAAGAUCAGGGGAAAAAGGAAGAAAUACUUAUACAAGAAUUGACAGAUGCAAAAGCUAAGGUUGAUGCUGAUCUUAUAUCCUCACAAGAACAACUCAAACUUGUCAGCUCAAAAUUGGCUUUACUUGAAGCUUCUCAUCAAGAAUGGAGUAAAGAGAAGGAAUCACUUUUAGAAGAAAAAGAAAAUCUUAAUUCUCUGCUUUCAAGAAGAAAUGACGACUUGGAUAGGCUUACAGGAGAACUAAAGUCUUUGACUGAUCAACUUGUUCACGCCAACAAAGAAAAAUCAGAAGCUCUUAUUAAAACGGAAGAACUCAAUAGCCAACAGCUUGCUUUAGAAUAUAAAGAGAAAAGGUUAAACCAAGAACGAGAACUUAUCGUUCGACAACAAAGACUAUUACAAGAUGAACUUGAAUCCCGAACUAAGGAGGUUAUGAUGAUCAGGCGUGAGAAAACCUCAAAAGUAUUAGAACUGCAAUCAGAUGUGUCCGAAAAAAUAGAAGAGUUGCGGAUUGCGCAAAAAUCUAUCGGUGAGCUAACAGCCACGAUUGAGGGCCAUGAAAGACACAUUAAAGAACUGAAUGAUAAGGUGAAGGAACUUGGUGAAACAGAAAUGAAGAUGUCUGAAAAUCACAGAAAUGAGCUCAGGUCACAGAUGAGACUUUGUGAGCUGUAUAAGGCGUCAAGCGAAGACGCCCAAGCCAAAGCUGACGAACUUACCAAGACUACCGAAGAGUUACAAAGGCUUCUUCGUGAUGCGUCAGCUCGGUUUGGUAACCUGGAAACGGAAUCCAAGGCACAGAUCGAUCACUUAAAGGAUCAGCUAGAGAAAAGUUCUGAAUCAAACAUAGAACUGAAAAAAGAACUUGAGUGUGCCAAUAACUUGCUUGACCCCAGCAAAUCGCGUUUGAUGACUGCAGAAAACAUUGAAGCAAUGUCGCCUUCAGCUGCUGCAGCCUCACGAUUGCUGAAGUCAGGAAUGACCUUAACCCAAAUAUACAGCCAGUAUGUGUCUGUUUCUGAACAAAUGUUAUUCAAAGAAGAAGAAAAUAAGAAAUUAAAUAGCUAUAUUGACCAGAUUCUUCAGGAAUUAGAAGACCGUGCGCCUACUAUAGCUCGUCAGCGGGAAGACCACGAAAAAUCAAUUGAAAUGGUUGCAAAUUUAACGAGACAACUUGAUUUAGCCGUUCAGGAAGCUGAAACGGAGAAAGAAAACGCGCUUGAAGCUCGUCGUAUGCUGGGACAAGCACAACGUAAUUCACAGCGAUUUGAAAAACAAGUUGCAGAUCUGAGCAAACAAGUUUGUUUGCUUAUUCGUGAGACCGAAGAGCUCAGAGGAAACAGAUUACGCGAAGAACCCGUUGAUGACGACCAGGUGUCGUCCAGCGAAGGAUCGGCUGCCGCGGUAAUUAGCCGUCAUUUAGUAACGUUCCGCGACGUCGAGGAGCUUCAACAGAAAAAUCAGAUGUUGCUAACAGCCCUUCGUGAAGUAACCGAAAAACAGGAUGCAGCGGAACAGGGCGAGAUUGAUACCAAAACAGCCAAAAUCCAGCAGGCUUUAGAAAAUGCUUUGUCGGAAGUUGAUCACCUACGAGAUACCCGAAGGCGUCACGAGGAACUGAUGGAAAGCGUCAUCCAGCAGCGUGAUAUGUACCGCAUACUACUGCAGGAAGCCGGAUUGGGAGAUUCUCGGUCACCAGCUAAGUUCCGCAAUGUGGUCACAUCAACUCCGGCACCUAUUAGACAAGAAAGUACGCGAUCAGGGGACAUCGAAGUACAGCUUAAUGAGAGUAAACUGCGUUUAGAAGAACAAGAAAUGAAACUUCAGAAUGUCAUCAAGGAAAAGAAGGAAAGGGAGACUGCGUUAGGCAGUCAAAUCCAGGCUCUUCAAGAUCAAUUAGCUGAAUUAAGAGAUCAGAAUGUUCGACUAAGCACCCACAAAGAAUACGCGGAUGCAAAGGAAAAACUACUGCAGGGCAAUUUCGAUUCAUGUAAAAAACAACUUAACGCCUUAGAAGACAAGAACAAGAUAUAUGCAUGCACAGUUGCCAAACACGAGCAAAGCAUUGCUAUUCUACGAGAUGAAGCCAUGAAUGCUCAACAACGGUUGGCUCGUGCCGAAGUAAAUAUUUCAAUGCUUCAAGAAGAGAAGCAAUUGCUGAAGGAUGCUGAACAAAGUCUUCUAGUAGAAAGAAACGCGUUGUUAAGUGAGCGACGCAGCCAAAGCCUUCUGCAUGCCAACUUGGAAUCGAUCAAAUUAAAUUUAGAACGUGGUGAAAGCGAAACCCAUAUGCGUUUACAGAAUACCGUUAAAUCUUUGGAAGAACAAAUCGAAUUACUCCGGAAGAAACUGGACCUUGAAGAACAACGCUACCGAGAGACGGUAAAGUCCUUCGAAGAUAAGAUACUGGCCGAUCAAGUCCUUUUGAAAGCUGCCGAAGGGAGAGCCGCUAACGCUGAAGCACAAUUAGUUGUAGCUAGAGAGCGGCUGACGGCAGCAGAAUCGCGAGCAGGAUUAACAUCUCCCACAAGGAAAGGACAGGUGACGCGCCUGCUUUCGACUGCGCCAACAUCCGGGGAUGUCGCGACUGAUAGUGAUCUUGUUGGAGAUCUCCGAGCUCAGCUCGCAGAAGCCCGUAUGGAAACGAGCAAGUACCAGGAGCAGUUAGAGCUGGUUCGCCAACAAUCUGAACAAUAUCGCUCAAUUGCUGACAGCAUGGAAGAGCAGCUUAAUAAGAGCAACAUUGCUGGCCUCGCAUUCAAGCAGGAAACUGAGCAACAUUUGGCAAAAUUAAACGAAGAGCGUUCCGAACUAGCACGCAACCUUCAAGAAACUCUGGAUAAACUUAAGACUCUAGAAGAGGGAGCGGCACAGUUGGGUCGCGCAACGGCUCAUCAGUCGGAAGAGGUUUCGAAUCGAAUUAUACAGCUCGAAGCCAAUCUGGCCUCAUUGACUGACCAGGUUAGGUUGGCUGAGGAGUCCGAAGCUAAAGCACGUCAAGAAGCAUUAGAUCAAGUGAAGCAUGCCAAAGAAGCACAAGAAAAGUAUGAAAGGGAACUGAUGCAGCACGCCGCGGAUGUGGAACAGCUAAAUGCCAUUCGGGAACAAGUAGAACAAAGUCGCUCUCAAUUAUCGCUCCUUCAACAAACUUCAGCUCGACUUGAGGCUGAACUUGCCAGCGGUCGCACUAGUUGGCAAGCUCAAAAAGAAAUGCUGGAGAAGGAAGCUAGUGAGAAGGCUCGACGCUGCUCAGAUUUAGACAAACAAGUUGACGUAAUGCAACAACAAAUUGUCACGUUAAGUUCACGCAUGGCAGCAGCAACACGAUGCCAGGAAAUAGCUGUGAGGACGCAGAGUGGUGAUGAUGCAAACACGUCGCUUAAUACAUCCACUAGCGAAGAAGAUCUUCGUUCUACGGAUCAAUUGUUGGAGCUCGUUCGCUUCCUACGGCGCGAAAAGGAGAUUGCCAUUUCCAGAUCUGAAGUGCAAGAAGCCGAAACGCAACGUCUGAAGACGCAACUGGAACAAGCUGAACGCAAUUUGAGUGAAGCUCAGGCUAACCUACAUCAAGAGCGAGAACGUUCUGCCACGUCUGCGUUGACGUCGGAGAAACAUACAGAAAUGCUUCGCAGAUUGGAAACACUAAACGCACUUACAGACAGUAACCGGUUGUUGAGGGAUGAACGGGGUGGCCUUGUUAGUCGGGUUGAAGAACUGACUGUGAAAGUCAGUGCUCUGGAGGCGGAAUUGGAACCUUUGCGCGCUAACAACAACGAGUCCGCCAGUCGACUGGAGGAGCUGUCUGCCGAAAAUGCCACAUUGCGUAAGCAAGUAGUGGCUUGGCGGACUAGAACCAACGCGUUGCAGGAACGAGCUGGUCGAGCUACAGCCGACGAGAUCAAAAAGCUACAAUCUGACAAAGAGCUUGCUCAGAAGCAACUGGAACAAAUCCAAAAACAGGUAGAACAAAUGAAGGAGGCCCAGGCAAAGACAGCCAAUCAAUUGACAGAAACCCAGCGAGUGAACACUCAGUUGGUCACGGCACAGCAAAAAUUACAAGAAGAAGCUCGCUUGGCCAAGGAGGAAUCGCAAAAAGCUCAGUCUGAAAUGACCACGGCUCUUGCCAAACGUGAUGAAGAAACGGCAAAGGCGGCUGAUCAAGCCAAUCAAUUGCGCCGUAUUGCUCGCAAAUACAAAACUCAGUACGAAGAGCUUAAAGUCACGCACGAUAAAUUAGUUUCGGAUAAAGAAGCUUCAGCGUCAACAACUGCGGAAUCUGCCACAGCUGCGCCCGUUCAAGAAGAAGCUACUAGUGCUGCAACAACGGAGGCCGCAACAGCCGCAGCGACAGCUGCUGGCCUGGCUACAAGAAUUCAGGAACUAGAAGAGCAGAUAGUACAAAUGACAACUGAGCUAGAACAAAUUAAACAAGAGAAUCAAGCUAUGCGUCUAAAGGAUGAAAAGGCAACGAACGUUCUCAAAACGACUCGACAAAAAUUGGCUUCAUUGCCAAACCUUAUCAAAGAGAAAGAAACCCUUGUUGCGCAGCUAGAAGAAGCACGUGGCAAAAUUGAAAGUCUCGAACAGAGCAGCGAGGAACUCAAUGUUCGAUCUGCCGCUCUGCGCUCCCAGUUAGAAGGCCGCCUUAGUCGGCUAGAACGAGAGAACAGUGAACUGCUCGCAAGUAAACAAGCACUUGAAACUGAGCUGGAGAGUUUGAAGCAACGCAUUCCGGUUUUGCAGCGCCAGGUUGAAGCUUACCAGAAGCAACUAGUUUUAGUUCAACAAAGGCAACAAAAACAACAGGUUCAACAAACGACACAGCAGGUGCCAAAUAAACCACCCACCACUGAAAAGACGGUGUCUGAAAAUCCACCCACCGCAAACAUCAAACCCAUGGCAUCGGGAACCGCUGUAACUCCUCAGCGUCCUCCGGUUAGUUCCAGUCCCGGUCAAGUAACAUCAGGACCGAGUCAGGUGCACCGUACCACACCAACUGCUAGCAUUCGCCCAAUGGCAAUGACUACCCGCACGUUGGCAGUUCAACCCACCUCAGUUGCGGUAUCUCCUAUGGCGCCACCGCCGAUAGCUAUCGCACCCCCAACUCCCGUGGUCCAAUCGACUCCCACCGUGAGCCAAGAAGAACCAGUUGCAGGACCGAGUUUCAUUCCUGGUGGUGACGAAGGUCCAGCGUCAAGUGGUGAGGAUCGGUCGAAAAAAAGGGCCCGUGCCACAGAAGAGUCUCCUUCGAACGAUGACACUAGUGUCAAGAGGACCCGAUUGUCGGAGCAGACGGAAGAAGAAGUUGAAGUCAUUGAUUUGCAAGACGAACCAGCAGAAGAAUCUGCAGAAGACUAUGCUACACGUGCCGGAGAGAUGGAGUUGGUGAUCGAGUAUGAAGAACAACCGCAAGAGGAUCAUGAAGUGGAAGAGGAAGAAGUAGAAGAAGGUCUCAUUGAGAGCGAGGAAGAAGAAAUGGUUGAAACGGUCGAUCCCGAAGAAGAGGAACAAGAAGAAGAAUGUGACGAAAUCGUCGUUGAAGAGCAGCGGGAAGAUGUAGAAGAACAAACGCAACCUGAACAAGACUCAGAAGCCGUGUUGACGAUUGUUGAAGAGGAAACGGUUUCAGUUACUGUCCAGGAACCGGUUGAGGAAGCUGUUGUUCAACAACAAGUUCCAGCGGAAGAUGUCGAAUCGGAAGCUUUUGUACCAGUUAAUACCAAUGAAGCUGCUUCUUCUGAUGUGUCACAAGCCACCAUUCGUCCACCGCCCAGAGAAGACCGUUUACCGUCAUUCGGUAGAAAUACUCUUGCAUUUGAAGAUGUAGGUGACGAUGGCAUCGUUCCCAGCACGCCAGUUCUUCUGCGACCACGUACAAACGAUGGCUUUGCCGAAGCUGUGAGUUCACCUCAAGUCAAUACGCGUUUCGUAUUCGGAACUGUUCCCGAAUUGUCUAUAUCGGCCGGAACUAGCCACAUCAAUGCUCCAUCCCAUUUAGAAUCCCAAGGAAUGGAAGAUACGCGUAUGGAUCUAUCUCAGUUGGAAGAGAAUUCUGGCCGUAGUGUUCCAUCAACGCCACUGCAAGCAUCACCGCAUGACGAGUUGCCUGCUUUAAACCAGGGAGAAGACACGUCUGUAGUUCCUUCCGGAAAUGCCGAAGAACAAGGAGAUUUCGAGGGAGGUCCUGAUCUUGAAAGUGAUGCUGCUGCCGAAAUUGAUCUUCUCGGCGAAGACGACCAAGACACUGCGGAAAAUGAACAAUCAACCAGCCAGGUGGAACAGGAUCCAGUGCCUUUGACUACAACUGAAGAUGAUUCGUUGUCCGAAGCUCCGGAAGUUUCGACCAUUCAAUCGGCUGAAGGGUCUAGCCAAUCUACGACAACACAAGCCUCACCGUCACCUUCUGUGUCAUCUCCUAGUGCUCGAGGAGUUAUGACUCGGCGACCGUCAAUGGCUGGUUUCCCACGCGGGCGAGGAAUGAGCCGUGAAGAUUCACGACUAUCGGCUGCACAGAAUACCAAUCGCCCUGUUCCCAUCACCUGGACACCGAAUCCAGCACAACCCGCGUACACGCCUAAUCCUGCACGUGUUUUUAGACGUGUGCCCACUGUAGUGACAUCGCCAGCACCUAGUGCACCGGCGGUGAUCACGGAGCCAAGCGUUGUAGCCACAGCCUCUCCAGUUCCACCGCUUAUGCGAGGCCGGGGAGCAACACGCGGCCGGACACGAUCGAGAGCCCCAAGGCGGAUGUAAAUCUAAAUUUCGCCACGUUACCUAUGAAAUUUCGAGUCCCAUUACGCUCCUGACUUUUGCUAUGUCUGUUUUCUCAUUUAAGGUUAAAAUGAUAUCCUCGAUCUUUUAAGAGGGAUUUUUAAAUACACAGCCUAUCAGUUCGUAUAAA